AUGAGUUCCAAGAAAGCAAACAGGGUUUUGGUACUUGUUCUUCUGCUUAUUGUUUUGCCUGCGAUUUCGAUCGGAGGAAGGGAGUUGGCGGAUGAAAAGGAUCACAAGGUGCAUUCCACUGCUGCCUCUGAAAAGGGAGCAACGGCUUCAGGAGAUAUGGUCAAGACAAAUGAUUAUGGGCGCUACGAUCCGACUCCGGCGUUUUCCAAGCCUCGCUUCAAGCUUAUACCCAACUGA